AUUUUGCGGAGAUUUGGAUUGCCCAGACUGGGUCCUGGCGGAGAUUAGUACAUUGUCCAGAGUGACAUCCAUCAAAAUGAAACUGCUGUGUGCUCAAGUGAUCAAAGAUCUUAUGGGACAGGGCAUUGAUUAUGAUAAAGUGUCUAAGCUGACAGCAGAUGCAAAGUUUGAGGUCGGAGAUGUGAAGGCCAGUAUAGCUGCUCUGAACUUCAUACUGUCCAGUGCUGCCAAGUAUAAUGUGGAUGGAGAGUCGUUAGCUAAUGAGCUACAGCAGCUGGGUCUGCCUAAAGAACAUUCCAUGGCACUGUGCCGAUCCUAUGCUGACAAUCUGACCAAUCUACAGGAAGAGUUCCGGAGGAAAAGUCUUCGCUUGUCCAGAUUAGAGUCUGUGGAUUGGAGAGUGGAUUACAUUAUCAGCUCUAGUGAACUCAAGGAUGUGAAUGAGCCUUGUGUGCAGUUACGGCUGGGUAUCCGUAAUCCGGAUGUGGAUACUGUAGAUCCAGUGGCCUUCACCUUAUCCGCCGACAAGUUCAGGGUCUUCCUCAGAGAUUUAAAACAAGCCAAUUCUAUGAUGGAGAAUUUAACUUCCUAGUCACAACCCUAAGAAGAAAACAUUUUAUAAUAUGUUUUUAUUAUUUACUGUACAUGGAAAGGUCUGCCAGCAACCUGCGAAUGGUUGUGGGCUUCCCCUGGGCUCUGCCCGGUUUCCUCCCACUAUAUUGCUGGCCGCCGUCGUAUAAGUGAAAUAUUCUUGAGUAUGGCGUAAAACACCAAUCUGAUAAGUAAAAUAAAAUAAAUAUUAUUUGUGUAUCUUUCACAUGUAAGGAUUAGGUCAUGCUGGUCAAGGCAUUAAACUAUCACAAAAUUUUGUAAAUCAGUAUUCUUGUAAAAAUUUUCAGAAAUAGAAAUGUCUGGAUUAAAAUGCCAUGAGGUGACGUGAUUUGGCCAAAAAAAAAGAAAGAAAAAAGAAUUGAUUUUUAGAGUUUUUUGGAAUGUUGACUUAUAUAUUAUAAACAUUUUUGUUUCUCAUAGUGAUGAAUUUUAUUUAUUCUGUGAAAGAAAAAAUCUGGAUUUUACUUGAAUGGCUAGAAAGUUGAGGACAUGUAUUUGUCAAGUGAAGGGCAUUUUGACAUAAAUUUCACAAACUUUUAUGACUUUGAAGGAAAAAAUUCCUUGGGUCAGUAAUAAGCUUAUUUUCCUAUGAAAUCUGUGAGUGAAUGAAUGCUUGGGCUUUAACGUCGUACCAAAUUUAAGCUAUGAUAGUAACACCAUUCGGUUAUGGUUGUAACUACCAUAACAGAAUAUGACCUUGACAUGUGCCCCUGUUUAUAAUUACAGUUAUUUUAGCUUGUGUCAUAAGCCAAUCGUUUUCAUGGGGGCCUAUGAAGCUGUGAGUGAAUGAAUGCUUGGGGUUUAACGUUGUACCAGAUUUAAGCUAUGAUAGUCACUUGUGAAAAAUCCAUAACAGCACAUGACCUAAACAUGUGCCCUUUUGUCAUUACAGUUAUUUUAGCCUGUGUUAACUUUUUGGAAGUAUAAAUGUGUCAUAUCACUAACUUCUGCAGUCGCUGUGAGUUUAAGUCCAGCUCAUGCUGGCUUCCUCUCCGGUUGUAAGUGAGAAGAUCUGUCAGCAACCUGCGGAUGGUUGUGGGUUUCCCCCGAGCUCUGCCCGGUUUCCGCCCAACGUAAUGCUGGCCGCCGUCGUAUAAGUGAAAUAUUCUUGAAUACGGCGUAAAACACCAAUCAAAUAAAUCGAUAAAUAAAUCACUAACUUUGUGUAAAGGAGUUGUGUCCCCUGUUCUGUAUACAACAUUCCAUGUGUUGCACAAAUUUACUGGUGACAAGACCACUACUAUGUAUCAGGUACACUGUAGAAGUAAGUGAUAAAUAAACAUGUGUACAUAGAUU